UGAAAACUCACUGACACUCUGAGUCUCUGACAAAGACUGACAGACAGACUGGUUUAUAGCAGAACAUUGUCAAAGGCAACUGUUAGGUCUGCCUGUUAGUUAAUAGUUUUAUGAUUUUUUAAGUUGGAACAUGUUUCACACAGUGAUUUUUUUAAAAUUUGUUGGUGAAACGUGCCUAUAAUCUUAUUAAAGUAAAUAUAACAGAAAAAAUCACAUAGUGGCGUUUGUACAAUUUGUUAUAAUGAAAUCGUUUAAUUUAUUUAAAAAGACAUUUGUGUUGGUUAUUAUUUUGAGUGCUAUAAUUUUUGUAUUUUUCUGGGCGAACAUGGAGAUCGUAAGUAUUGAAAAUGUGGGCUCAAUGCUGGUAUCAAAAGUGAACGUGAAGAACAAACUGUGCUAUGUGAACUUCAACGAUGAAAGAAGUAACGUGAACAAGACUUCGGAAUUGAAGAUGAUUUAUUACGUGACGCCCACGUACCCGAGGCCGGAGCAGAUGCCCGAGCUGACGAGGCUGGCCCACACACUGAUGCACGUGCCGCGGAUACACUGGAUCGUAGCCGAUGACCAACCUCAUUGCUCGGAUACAGUGCUCAAAUUACUAAGACGUUCCGGUCUACCGUUCACAUUCAUCUCCAGCCCGAAGCCGUUCGUAUACAGGGGGACCAACUUUCCACGCGGCGUUGCCAACCGGCGCGCAGCUCUCUCUUGGCUGAGGGAGAACGUACAAGAAGGUAUAUUGUACUUCGGCGAUGACGACAACACGGUGGACCUGCAACUGUUUGACGAGAUCAGGAAUACGAAGAAAGUGUCCAUGUUUCCCGUUGGACUGAUUGGCGAUUAUGGGGUGUCGACGCCUAUUGUGAAGGAUGGAAAGGUGGUGGCGUUCUUCGACUCGUGGUCCGGCUCCCGAACCUUCCCAGUGGACAUGGCAGGCUUUGCGAUCAACAUCGAGUACAUGAAGCCGUCAGCCUCCAUGCCCUACAUCGCCGGCCACGAGGAAGACAGGUUCCUAGUCAGCUUAGGACUAAAACUCGACGAAAUCGAACCCCUCGCGGCAAACUGCUCAAAGGUACUCGUCUGGCACACGAAAACUGCCAAAUAUAAGAAACCAUCUCUAAAAAUUGACCUCCAUAGCUUGUGCUUAGAUUAUUAUAACGGGCUUAUAAUUAUUUGA